AUGAGAAACGAUACAGUAACAACAUUCAUUCUGCUGGGACUGACAGAUGACCCUCAGCUGCAGGUUUUGAUUUUUAUCUUUCUGUUUCUCACCUAUACACUGAGCAUAACUGGAAAUCUGAUCAUCAUCACACUCACCUUUAUGGAUUCCCAUCUUAGAACACCUAUGUACUUUUUCUUAAAAAAUUUCUCCUUCUUGGAGAUUUCUUUCACAUCUGCCUGUAUUCCCAGAUACUUGUAUAGCAUAGCAACAGGUGACAAGGUCAUUACCUAUAAAGCCUGUAUUACCCAAGUAUUUUUUACUGACCUCUGUGGAGUAACAGAAUUUUUUCUGCUAGCUGCCAUGUCCUAUGACCGCUAUGUGGCCAUCUGCAAACCCCUUCAUUAUGUGACCAUCAUGAGCAGUAGGGUCUGCAGGACUCUCAUCACCUGUUGUUGGAUGGCUGGUUUAUGUAUAAUAAUCCCUCCACUUAGCCUGGGGUUAAAUCUCAUAUUUUGUGACUCUAACAUGAUUGAUCAUUUUGCCUGUGAUGCAUUUCCCUUAGUGAAAAUCUCAUGUUCUGACACAUGGUUCAUGGAACAGACAGUUAUAAUCUGUGCUGUGCUGACCCUAAAUAUGACUCUUACUUGUGUAGUUCUGUCAUAUGCUUACAUCCUCAAGACAAUUUUUAGAUUCCCUUCUGUUCAGCAAAGGAAAAAGGCCUUUUCCACCUGUUCUUCCCACAUGAUUGUGGUUGCCAUCACCUAUGGCACAUGCAUUUUCAUCUAUAUGAAUCCUACAGCAAAGGAAGAGGUGACCAUUAAUAAAGUGGUUUCACUGCUCAUUUCUUCUAUUUCACCUACAUUGAACCCAUUUAUUUAUACCUUGAGAAACAAUCAAGUUAAGAAAGCCUUCAAGGACACAAUCAAAAGAAUUGCCUUCCUCUCAACUAAGUAA